AGCAAAAUAUUUCCAGUUCUCAAAUUAUGUCAUUCAUCGCUGCACGAGAGGGAGGAGCACAUAAUGUUCGUUUCACAAGAAAGGAUUUAAGCAAUGUGGUAACAGAGAAAAAUAGAUCACUACUUGGUGUUGAUGUACCAUUGACAAUUAACCAUUUUCGUCAGCUACAAACGAGAGAUCCAUCUUUUUUUUAUGCUAUUGAUAUUGAUGACCAAGGUAUGUUGCGGAAUUUAUUUUGGGUUGACGGUAGAUCUAGAAUGACAUACCAAAAUUUUGGCGAUGUAGUUACCUUUGACACCACUUAUAUGACUAAUAAGUAUAGUAUGCCGUUUGCACCUUUUAUUGGUGUUAAUCAUCAUCGUCAAACUAUCUUUUUUGGUUGUGCCCUUAUUAGAAAUGAAUCCGCUAAUACAUUUUGUUGGCUCUUUCGUACAUGGCUUGAUGCAAUGUUUGGCCAACACCCCAAGGCUAUAAUUAUUGACCAAGAUCCAGCAAUGAAAAAGGCAAUUGAGCAAGUUUUUCCUCAAACAGUGCAUCGGUGUUGUGAAUGGCAUGUUAUGCGAAAAGCAAGAGAACAUCUAGGUCUAGUGUAUAGCACAAAGGAAGGCUUUCAGAAAGAGCUUUUUUCCUGCAUUGAUGGUAGUAUUACUAUCGAAGAGUUCGAAAUGAGAUGGAUCGGUAUGCUUCAGAAGUUCGACUUGUAUGAUAAUAAACACCUACAAUUCAUGUGGAGCAAUAGACAUCAAUGGGUGCCUGCUUAUUUUCGAGAUACAUUUUUCGCUGUCAUGUGUACUUCGCAAUGUAGUGAAAGCAUUAAUGUUGUCACUAAAAUUUGGGUCGACAACCAUACGUCAAUAUACAAAUUUGUCCUUCAAAUUGAAAAAGUGAUCGAAACUCAAUACGACAAAGAAGACGAGGAAGAUUACAGGAUGAGAGGUGGUGAGGUGAAGCUUUAUUCAUAUAAUCCUAUUGAAGUUCAAGCUCGUGAUAUUUAUACAAAAAGAAAUUUCUUUGAAUUUAAGGAACAAUUGAGAUUGAUCUCGGGACAUUCAUUGCUGGAACUAGAAAAGAAUUCACUAUAUAAAACAACUGCAAUACACAAUCCUACAAUGACUUAUACUAUUAGCGUGAAUCGAUUAGCAGAAAAGGUCUCAUGCAAUUGCAAAAUGUUCGAAUUUACGGGCCUUUUAUGCUCACACAUAUUAAAGGUACUGCAUUAUAUUGGAAUAUAUUCGAUUCCUUCGCAUUACAUCUUGAAACGAUGGGCGGAAAAUGCACAGAGGAGAUCUUUCAACAUUCAAUCUAUACAACAUGAGGCAAUGGGUGACUCUCUGCAUGCAAAGGCUAUAAGGUCUAAUGUGAAACAAGAGAUUUGA